CACCGAAGAAGAAAUAAACUUUACCGGAUGCUUACUGUGCUGUUAAUAUUUUACACCUUAAAUAAGAAUUUCUGUGGGGUAAUUUCAGUUUUUAACAAAGUAUGGACGUCGGUGAGCUGCUGAAUUAUCAGCCCGAGCGGGGAGGCAAGCGGCCAAGGGAGGAAGGCAGCUCUGAGGAGUCUUGGGCAAAGAAGACAUCGAGCAGAGAACCUCCGAAACCUGCGGUAGCAGUGCCAGAACCUGAGCAGGAAGAUCCGGAGAACAGAGAGAGGAUCUUGGAGAAGCUCAUGGACCAGGACGAGGUGGACCCUGAGGGCGAACCGGUGGAUGAGGGCACGGUGAAGAAAAUGAUCCUGACCUUCGAGAAGAGGUCGUACAAAAACCAGGAGCUCAGGAUUAAGUUCCCAGACAAUCCAGAGAAGUUCAUGGAGUCUGAACUGGACCUCAAUGACAUCAUCCAGGAGAUGCACGUGAUCACCACCAUCCCGGAGCUGUAUCACCUGCUGGUGGAGCUGAAUGCUGUGCAGUCUCUGCUUGGCCUGCUGAGCCACGAAAACACUGAUAUCGCCAUCGCAGUGGUGGACCUGCUGCAGGAGCUCACGGACGUCGAUACGCUCAACGAGAGCGAGGAAGGAGCCGAAGUCCUCAUCGAUGCCCUGCUGGAGGGCCAGGUGGUGGCGCUAAUGGUGCAGAACAUGGAGCGGUUGGAUGAGACAGUGAAAGAAGAAGCGGAUGGAGUUCACAACACGCUAGCCGUUGUGGAGAACAUGGCCGAGUUCAGACCAGGGCUUUGCACCGAAGCCGCUCAGCAGGGACUCAUGCAGUGGAUCCUCAAGAGGAUUAAGGCAAAGAUGCCAUUUGACGCUAACAAGCUGUACUGCAGUGAGAUCCUGGCCAUCCUCCUCCAGAACAAUGACGGCACCAGAGAGCUUUUGGGCGAGAUGGACGGCAUCGAUGUGCUCCUGCAGCAGCUCUCAGUAUUCAAGAGGCAUAACCCAUCCACGCCAGAAGAGCAGGAGAUGAUGGAGAACUUGUUCGAUGCUCUCUGCUCCUGCCUCAUGUUGCCAGCCAAUCGUGACCGCUUCCUCAAGGGGGAGGGGCUUCAGCUGAUGAAUCUCAUGCUCAGAGAGAAAAAGUUGUCUCGCACUAGCGCCCUCAAGGUCCUGGACCACGCCAUGAUCGGCCCAGAGGGCACUGAUAACUGCCAUAAGUUUGUCGACAUCCUCGGACUUCGCACCAUUUUCCCGCUGUUCAUGAAGACGCCGAAGAAGAUGAGGAAGACUGGAGUGUCGGACAAGGAGCAUGAAGAGCAUGUGUGCUCCAUCAUGGCAUCCAUGUUGAGGAACCUGAAGGGGCAGCAGAGGAGCCGUCUGCUCAGCAAGUUCACCGAGAACGACUGUGAGAAGGUGGACAGACUGAUGGAGCUGCAUUUUAAGUAUCUAGAUGCUGUUCAGCUGGCAGAUAGGAGGAUCGAUGGAGAAAAGCACGACAUGGUGCGACGAGGUGAAAUCCUGGAUGAUGCCAUGGAGGAUGAGUUUUAUCUGCGACGUUUAGACGCUGGCCUUUUUGUCCUACAGCUGAUUUGUUACAUCAUGGUGGAGAUCAGCAGUGCAGGAAUUCCACAGCUGCAGCAGAGAGUACAUCAAAUCCUGAACCUAAGAGGGGGGUCAGUUAAAGUGGUGCGGCACAUCAUGAGAGAAUAUGCAGAGAGUAUCGGCGACGGCAAGAACGAGGAGUACCGGCUGAGUGAGCAGAAACGGCUCAUGGAGCUUCUGGAGGAUUUCUAACUCUCCAAACGGAUCCCGGAACCAAGAUCUGACCACCAGUGACUGCUCUCUGAUUUCUCUGUAAAUAAUGUGUUUGAUAAAUUGACAGCAUGACUAACAGCUCACGUUUGGACGAAGCGUUUUCCAGCAACAUGAGCAUCACGUUAAAUGUGAAGGUCAAAACUGAACCGUGUUUUUAUUUCUUUUUGUUAGGAAGCACAUUUUGUAUCCAAGUCGUUUUUAAAACGAACUGUGAGAACAAGACAAACCAAGAAGAUGUAAUUAAAUUUUUUUUGACUCCUA